AUGCAUGCACGCAUGGUCAAACCUAGCAUAGCGCUGGUCAUCGCCAGCGCUGGACUUGUUCACUCUUUCAGCCUUGCGGACAUUAAGCAUGUGGUCAUGUUCAUGCAGGAGAACCGUUCGUUUAAUCAUUACUUUGGCACCAUGGCUGGUGUCCGUGGAUUUUCCGACCCGAAUGUCCCAAUCAACCCGAAAACCGGCAAGCCGGUGUGGUACCAGGACGUGAGCACUCUCACCGAUGAGACCGACUAUCUUCUUCCUUUCUGGCUGAACUAUGCUGGCGACGAGUGGAAGACUCGUACCCAGUGCAUGAACCCCGGGUCCAACGACUGGGCCCACACCCAGUCGGCCAUGAACAAUGGAAGCAUGGAUUUGUGGGCGGUGCACUCGGCCCCUCAAGCCCUGGGUUACUUCAAGAAGGAAGAUAUCCCCUUCCACUGGGCUUUGGCCGAAGCCUACACCGUGGGAGACCACUACACGGCGUCUAUCCUGUCCAACACUGACCCGAACCGUUGGUUCUGGCAAUCCGGCUCUAUCAAUGUCCCUGGCGGGCCUCAGCCUCUUGGUUCUGGAGGCAUUGUGCUGGAUGAUAACCAAACACCAGGCUGCGAAGGCGAGAACCUCAACUGUGUGCCGUUGGACUGGCCCGCUGUGGCAGAAAUCUACGAGAAUGCUGGCGUCGACUGGCGCUGCUACAUGAACAAGUGGGACUACGCCACCAACAACGGCUUCAACUACUUCAACGCUUUCAUGAACGGGCCGGCAAACUCGAGCCUCCGCGCUCGGGGAACGGACUUCAGUGCCCAGAACUCCCUGGACGCCUUCUAUCAAGACGCUCUGAACGGCACCCUGCCUGAAGUCAGCUGGGUCUUCCCUCCCGGCAGCCUUCAGGAGCACCCGCCCCGGGCCCCGGUGGAUGGUGCUUGGCUGAUGAAAUCUCUCGUGGAUGCCGUGAUCCACGGUCCUGACUACAACAGCACCGUAUUCAUCAUCAUGUAUGAUGAGGCUGGUGGUUUUGCUGAUCACGUUUGGCCAUUCCACUCCCCCUACGGCACCCCUGGUGAAUGGUUCCAAGACCCGUACAACGAAUACGGCUACACAUUCUCCGGACCCGGUGUCCGAGUGCCUCUCUUCCUCAUCUCCCCUUUCACUCGCGGCGGGAAGGUCUUCACCGAGCACGCCGACCACGCCUCUCAGAUUCUGUUCGUUGAGGAAUUUCUCAAGGCCAAGGGCUACCAGAACAUCACGACUGGCCAGAUGUCGGACUGGCGCCGAAAGCACAUGUCCAACCUACUGGGCGCGUUUGACUUUGAGAAUCCGGAUUUCUCCAUUCCCGAGUUCCCGCAACCCCCGACGCCCAAUAAGGACAGCAACGGCAACAUGAUCGGGCUGGACGCAUACUGCAACGCCGAAUACGGCGGCGACGUGGUGCCUCCGAUCCCCUAUGGCAAGCAAACGCUCGAAGACGCGCUGUUCUACGAAGACGGGUUCAAGGGUGUGCGCGGCGCCCUGACUGAAGGGCGCCACCUGGUCUUCGAGGCCGUCGGCUACGCUCUGACCAGCGGCCAGGCCAAGCUGACGGGCACCAAGGCCACUGCGCAGCACGAGAACCCGGACCAGCGUCUCGUCGUGCACAUCAACGAGCUCGGUGGCAACCAGUUCAAGAUCUCCAACGACAAGGGCGACCAGUGGCUGGGUGAGGCGGCGGAUUGGUAUCCGUCCGAAGACCAAGGCUGCUGGUAUUACAUCAACUACCUCGGCAAUGGAGCCUACAACAUCCAGCAGGUCAAUGGCGGCAAGUACAUCAACCUCAAGGGGGCCGGCCAUAUUUCUAUUGCCCACGAGCCUGUCAACUACAAACUCUACAGUGUGUCUUAUCACGACUAG